AAUGAGCGUUCGAGCUCCGGCAGCUAUGGCGUCUGAGUCCCGUCUGCUGAUUUGCAACCCGCCGAAACAGGAUCGGUGAAGAAGGAGACCUUCGAUCGGUUCGCCAUGGACUGUUCUAGGAUCAGUAAGGUUUAAAUACGACUCUAACCAUAGAGCGAUACAAAGUUGCGUUAAAAAGCUGGUCAUCACUCUGCUUGUGAGAGGGAAAAAGAUGGAUCCGUCUGCAGGUAUGCACAUGUCCGCUGUUCCCCAGAACAAUGAAGUGGUCCACGUCUCUGUCGGUAACCCCAUUAUAACCAUGUAUCAGCCGCAGCCGCAACCUCCAAACAUCGCACAAAUCAUCACACAGCACGUGGUACCUCAAGAAGUCUCCUGUCAGGCUAUACCACACACGAUCACAUCGCACAUCCAAAUGCCAACUCACAUCCAGACUCAGUCACACAUCCAGCCUGCUCCACAUCUGCAGAAUCCACCGCAAGGCCACAUGGAAGCACAGGCUCAUAUUCCGACCCAAGACCACGUAUCAACACAUGGUCCAUCAGAAGUCCAGAGUGCCGCGCCGUCUCAAGAGGGUGCAGUGAACUCACUGCAGGUCCCUUUUGCAGAGGUAGCCUCCCUGCUGGACCCUAACAUGAAGAGCUCAAAGGCUCGCAAGUACCAGAUCCAAUACGACGAGGUAAAGAGGAGAUUGGAACCACCUGAGAAGAUGUCUCUCCGAUCUCUGGCUGCCUAUACAAGAGUGAGUCGAGGUCCGGCUAGUAAGAAAACGCUCUUGGAGUCUCUAAAUGUCUUUGGACUGUCACCAAGCACCAAUACAGCAGUGUCCAGUUCCUUUUCCAAACUAACUGAAGGUGACACAGCUGCCCUCUGCAAAGACAUGAAGGAUUUUGCACUGCAAUAUGUAGAUUAUGAGAAUAUGGCAAAACAGUUGCUACCUGAAACAAACCAAGUGCAGCACUGGUCAAAAAUCAUUGAAACAAGGAAUUAUCUAGAGGAGAUGAGGAAGAUUUUUAAUGACCCUCUGAAUACUCGUUUGUUCUCCAAUGUUACGCAUGGUCUUGGUAACGGCAUGAUGGAAGUGGCUCUCGACAUCAUAGAUACCGUCAUCGACCGACAAAUCCGAAUCCUCUCAGGGAACACCGACCCCAAACCCGAACCUCCAGUGAGAAGGAUAAGGAAACGCAACCGCAAGCCGAAAGCCGCCACAGAAGAGGACGGCAAACCUAAAGAAAAGGGCAAAAGGGGACGGAAGAAAGGAAAACAGAUGCGGCUGGAUUCUGUCGUUCCUGAGGUUCAACAGUCCUCAGAGAUAGAGAGCAGCAUGUUAACGCUAGUCUCUGUAGGAUACGAAACCAUUUCCAGUGGACUUAACGCCACUAAUGCAGGUCUUGCGUAACAUCACGUGCCUGAAAGGUGCGGAGAGACACUGUGAAUUCUGAGUGCAAAAAGUUUUUCAUCGAAAAUUUUAGUUUUAUAAAUGUUAGACUUUUCUCUCCUUCUCUCAAGACUGAAUAUAAUUUGUUUUUUCUCACAAUCUGGUCAAUCAAGAAAAUAAUGUGCGUCUGAGAGGAUGUUGGCAGAGAUAUUUUGAUGUAAACCAAUCAUGUAUUGCCCUCAACCUUUUGUUUUGCCAUGUGUGGCAAAGAACAAAUGUACACAGACAAUGUAUGCUAUUAAAGUAGCAUGCAAGCAAUUUUUUUUCAAGCACUAGGUUGUAUUCUCAUAAAAUGGUCACAAUAUCAGUUUCUGUUAGUCUCAUUUUAGAAAUUUAUCUUUGAAGAGUUCUUUGAUUCUGUUGUACUUAAUCUUACAAACUCUAGUUUGAGAAUGAACAUAUCUACUCUUGGACAUUGUUUGAUUUUUUUUGGACUAUUUAUUUCCUUUUUCUGUUUGUGUCUGAUAUGUAGUGUAUGUGAACGACUGUAGCCUGUACUCAGUGAGUUUUGCAGAUUGCUCAUCAUACGCUUGUAUUAAAAGCAUUACCUUUUUUAA